GGCAGAUGAAUGAAGACCGCCUACACUAACGCCUACCGAUGCCUGGCCAAGGACCUGGACGCUUACGCCAUGAACCCGGACAUGAUGGACGGCCUCGGCAGCCUGCACGGCGGGGUGUCGGUGAGCUGCGUGGCCGCUGACUCGGAGCUCCUCUCCGGCCACAGCCCGCACCCCGGCCGCGGAGGCUCGGCGGCGGCGGCGGCCCUGCGGAUCCACCAGGACCUGGCCAGCCGCUCCAUGGUGUCCGGCAUGGCCUCGGUGCUGGACGGGAGCACCGGAGGAGGCGAGUACCGGCCGGAGCUGUCGCUGCCGCUGCACCACGCCAUGUCCGUCCCCUGCGACACGUCCUCCCCCGGGAUGGGGAUGAGCGGCACCUACACCACCCUCACCCCGCUGCAGCCGCUGCCGCCCAUCUCCACCGUGUCCGACAAGUUCCACCACCACCACCACCACCACCACCAGCGGCUGGCCGGCAACGUGAGCGGCAGCUUCACCCUCAUGCGGGACGACCACCGGGGGCUGCCGGGCAUGAACAACCUGUACAGCCCGUACCACAAGGACCACAUGUCCGGCAUGGGUCCCAGCCUGUCCCCGGUGCUGGGCAGCGGCCUGGGCUCCAUGCACAACCCGCAGCAGGGGCUCCACGGCUACGGCACGGCCACGCACGGAGGCCACGACAAGAUGCUGAACUUCGACCCGCACCACACCGCCUCCAUGCUGGCCAGGGGGGACCACCACCAGCACCGGGGCCUCGGGGGUCCCACGGCCGGCAUGAUGCCCCACUUGAACGGCAUGCACCACCCGGGGCACCCCGCUGCCUCCAUGGGUCAACACACCCACCCCCAUCUCCAGUCUCCCUCCCACGGGCCGGUGCUGGCUUCCAACCGGGACCGACCGCCCUCCUCCUCCUCGGGGUCGCAGGGGGGCUCCGGCUCCGGGCAGCUGGAGGAGGUGAACACCAAGGAGGUGGCGCAGAGGAUCACCGCGGAGCUCAAGAGGUACAGCAUCCCGCAGGCCAUCUUCGCCCAGCGGGUGCUGUGCCGCUCGCAGGGGACCCUGUCCGACCUGCUGCGGAACCCCAAACCCUGGAGUAAGCUAAAGUCCGGCCGGGAGACCUUCCGCAGGAUGUGGAAGUGGCUGCAGGAGCCCGAGUUCCAGAGGAUGUCGGCCCUGAGACUCGCAGCUUGUAAACGGAAGGAGCAAGACACGGCGAAGGAUCGCAACAACCAACCAAAGAAGUCGCGUCUGGUCUUUACCGACCUGCAGCGGCGCACCCUGCUGGCCAUCUUCAAGGAGAACAAGCGGCCGUCCAAAGAAAUGCAGCUGACCAUCUCUCAGCAGCUGGGUCUCGAACUCACCACCGUCAGCAACUUCUUCAUGAACGCACGCCGUCGGAGCCUGGACAAAUGGGCGGACGAAGGAGGCAGCCCCGGCGGCCAUUCUUCGGCGUCCAGCACUUGUACCAAAGCGUGAUAAUGGAUGGC